AGCGACAUUAUACAACUGGGAACGGCCCCUAAAUAUCACCCAGCAGUCACAUCACGCUUCUCCGACCUUAUGCAGGUGCUGUCAUCUGGCGACGUUAGACAGAAAUACGAAGCGUCGUACCAUUCUGAACUUGACGGUGUUGCGAGCCGAUGGCCAGCAGUACUUGUUUAGGUGCUGUCUGCAUGCGAGGCGAGGAGGUAGUACUCGUGUGGUGACGAUAGCUUACAUUAAAUGCGAGUGUCAUUUGUUGCACAUUGUUGUGAUUUACUUAAUCUGUGGUCUCUUGUUCAUUGACGGCAGAAUUAUUAGAAAACAUGAAUUGUUGCAAUCAGUAGUGUUGUUAAACUGUGAUUUCUUCAGUACGCGUCAAUUGGACUUGGAUGUAUAAAGCCUGUGUUACAGAAGUUAUUCUUUAUAUUCCGUCUUUUUCUGCCACGACCAGUUGUUCCGUAUUAACGAAGAAUAGUGGCUUCUUCUUCUUCUUCAUGCUCAUUGCUGGUUGCUAAGCAAUUGUAAGAAUGAGAUGAGGACUGCCAGCCUGUUUGGACAGCCCUGAGGAGUGGCCAGCAUGCGGGAAGAAGAGCUUGAGGUGGCCAUCAAGGUGGUGAUCGUUGGGAACGGAGCCGUGGGCAAGUCCAGUAUGAUCCAGCGCUACUGCAAAGGCACCUUCACCAAAGACUACAAGAAGACAAUCGGAGUGGACUUCCUGGAGAGGCAGAUAGAGUUGGACGGAGAGGAGGUGCGUCUCAUGCUGUGGGACACAGCGGGCCAGGAGGAGUUCGACGCCAUCACCAAGGCGUACUACCGCGGCGCCCAGGCCUGCGUCUUGGCCUUCUCCACCACAGACAGGGACUCCUUCGAGGCGGCUCACUCUUGGAAGAUGAAGGUGGAGGAUGAAUGUGGUGAAAUUCCUACAGUCCUAGUGCAGAAUAAGAUAGACUUGUUGGACCAGAGCGUUGUGGAUCCUGAGGAGGCAGACUUGCUGGCAAGGGCGCUUGGCUGCAGGCUACUGCGGACAUCAGUCAAGGAGGACAUCAAUGUGAACGCUGUGUUCCGUCACCUAGCGGCCUGCUGCCUAGCAGAACUGCGCCUCCAAGAGGAGGAAUAUGCUCUCUCGGGGGCCAGCAAUGGAAUCCCCCCACUUACUAUCAGUGCCUUCAGCCCUAGUAUGCAGAAUGGCAAAUCCCAUCAUGGAAAUGGAACCAUCAUCUUGCGACCUGGUAAACAGAAGAGUCACAAGAAGAAAAAUGUUCUUAGGAAUGCAUGCAGAAUAUUAUGAUACACCCAGUGAAAACAGAUACUCACCUGAAGUCAUAGUGCUGCUGUAUGUUUGAGUGCCUGAGUAAACAAUCAGUACUUGGCUUGAAGUAGCACGUUUCCAAGGAUAUUACAAGCUCUGAAGUACAAUAUUCCUGAGGAUACUAAACGUCUGACAUGUGAUAGUGUCAUAGAACUCACAGUGUCCUGUCAGUUUCGUUUGCCCUUUACCAUGAAAGUAUCUGCAUAUUCAAACCUGUUCUUCAGCAUUUCAGUGAACACAAGCUAUGAUGCCUGUUCAAAUGAAACCUGUUCAGGGACUGUUCUAGGUGAAAGGGUAAGUGCUCAUGGCCAAUGAGGAAGGCACUCCAUUUAUACAUCACCUCGACAAGGAACUCGCUAUAACGGGCGAUGGAAUACUGAACCACAGCAGAUGUGAUAUCUUCACCUUAUCUGAAGUGCAUUUCUUGAGUGGGCCAAAUAACAGGUCUGGGCUGCCUGAGGGAUGUCCAGCACCAUCGAGUGCAUGAAGUGUAGCAUAUUCUGGACAGUGAGGGUCACACUGACACAGGUGUUGUCAUAAAACACAGUGACACUCCUAGUAAGCACUCAGGGCACUUUCCCUCAGUGACAGUGCGACUGCUGUUAGGUGAUGAUAUUGUCUACAUCAAUGGUCCAUGUGUUUGGUCACAGAUGUCAAGGCUGUGGCGAUAUGCCAGUUCCAACAACCCAGUGAGUCCUUUGCAGUUUGUGCAUCAGUAGGAUAUGUCCCUCAGUGCCCGUAGGGGCUAUGUGUAACAGCCUCUACUCCUUUGUGCAGAACAGUCACUGAACAGGUUUCAUGAGAACAACCCUCACAUGAUGGCCAUGGGAUCUCCGCCCUUUUGGCGGUAAGCAACAUUCACAGCUAUGAUAUUAUUAACAGAUAGAAACCAGUGUCAUCCACUUACUGACUAAAUAACAGAUAUUGUAUAUCUAUAUGGAAACUUUGUGAUAAUUUUGAGGCAUUUAUUUUGAAAUCUUAGGAUUCAUUUUAUACAUUUUGAGCUGUACUAGGAUAUUAAUGACUUAAGAAAUAAAAUUGAUCAAAAUAUGUAAGUAUGUCUUAAAGCAUCUACUGUGAAUGUAUUAAUUGUUUAUAUUAAUUAAGCCUUUAUUGUGCUGUUUAACCUUUUAUAGAAUCAGUGGUAGCUAUACUUACCACCUGCUGUAAGAUUAAAGAAUUUUUCAUUUUUUUGUCAACAGAAUUAGCCAGUCAUUGUAACUGAGAAGUAAUGUCCUCUGUGAGGUUGGAACUGAAUUUUUAAAUAUUAUUUAGACACAAUUCAUACUUCAAAUUAUUAAAUUUGCUGUGCUCUGUACAGACUUGUUCAUGAACUCCUCCAGGGUUCAUUAACAUAGUUCAUCUUCUUAAUCGCAGAUGACAGUACAGAGAGAACAUCAAUGGAGUUUUAUGAAUAAAUUUGAUCAAUGUUACAAAUACAUAUUCAUGUUAUUAAGGAAUGUUAGUAACAAUGUUACAUUAUUGAAUUGUGGAUGUAUCUUUGUUGGAUGAAUUUUAAUAUUACUGGAGUUAUGUUCGUGGUAACGAAUGACUUUAUAAUGGAUAUCCAAAUCAUAUAAUGAUCUAUACAGCAUGUCCCAACAUUUUGAUACUUGCACAAAUUAUAUUUUAUAAGUUUUCAGGUUUUCAUGACAUUUAUGGUUCAGAUUGUAAUAUUCUGGUUGCAACACUGUAUAGUCUUUGGAAAGGAUAGCAAUAUUUUGGCGGAGUGCAUUAACCCGACUCUCAGGGUUGAAAUAGAGUUCAUCUCCGAAGAUGGGGGCAGCACAUUCCUCUGGAAUGUUGCUAUCCACCUGCAGGCGUACAUGGUGUCAUGAUCCAGAAAUCCCGCUAUUAAAGAAUGAUAUUUUCUUGACAAAAUGCUAUGAAAUAAAUUAGGAAGGCGUCAAAAGAAAACAAAAUGUGGAACAUCAGCCCAGAAGAAUGAAGACAUGAGGACCUCUUAGUACGAAAAGAAACUGUUCUUGAUACCUGUAACAGUUGAAUUUGCAAGUCUGUUGAUGGGCUAAACUAUGAGAAACCCAUUGAUGAUUAUUUGUUACUCUGUAAGACCAGGCUCUUUCAAUAAGAGAACUGCAGAUUCAUUUUGGUUUUUAGUAACCCCAUCUCUAGUAUGCGUGGUACAUCUUGCAGUAGAAACAUUGGAUCUUGUUUGGAUUAAUUUUGUGUUUGAGAAGAUCAGUGAAAGAAAUUUAAUACACUGUCUCUUAACACUUAAAUUUAACUCAAUGUGGAUUUUCAACAACAUAAAUUAUACAUUGCAUGGAAACGUGUUGAUAAAUAACAAUUUUAAAUAAAAACUGGAAUGGAUGAUAUUGGAGGGGCAAAGAGUUUGAAGAAACCUUGAAUUUCAUCCCUAGAGAAUAUUUUUAAAAUACCUGAGAUACCUGGAUUCUAGUUAAUGUCAUAUUUAACAUUCUGUUCUUAUAACAGUCUUACUGGAUUAUGAAUGGGCAAUAGAAGUACAUAUAAUCAUCCCAGGUUUAAGAAUAUUCAUAACUGAAGAAAUGCUUAACAAUUCAUACAGUUAUAUGUACAUAAAUUAACUACUUACAAAAUGAAUAGCAUGUUUCUUCAUGUAUAUAUGCUCUCUUGCCAGACAAAACACUCUCCAGAGUUAAAUCAGUGAGCCAACUGGUAUUUUGAAAUGUACAUUUUAUAUUUUUACUUUUGAAUAAAGGUGGUUUUGUUCUGUUUGUA